GGUACGGGCCGAGUGGCCCGCGGGCCGGCGCCGCUAUGGCGGCGGUGUUUGACCUGGACCUGGAGACGGAGGAAGGCAGCGAGGGAGAGGGCGAGCCAGAUUUCAGCCCCUCGGACGUGUGUCCCCUUGCCGAGUGGAGGGCGGCUGGCCUGGAGGCUGGGGGACACUAUGAGGAGGUGGAGCUGACGGAAAACAGUGUGAACCUGGGCCCGGAGCGCAUUGGGCCUCACUGCUUUGAGCUGCUGCGUGUGCUGGGCAAAGGCGGCUAUGGCAAGGUGUUCCAGGUUCGAAAGGUGCAGGGCACCAACUCAGGCAAGAUAUAUGCCAUGAAAGUGCUGAGGAAGGCCAAAAUUGUGCGCAAUGCCAAGGACACAGCACACACUCAGGCUGAGCGGAACAUUCUUGAGUCAGUGAAGCAUCCCUUCAUUGUGGAACUGGCCUAUGCCUUCCAGACUGGUGGCAAACUCUACCUCAUCCUUGAGUGCCUCAGUGGCGGCGAGCUCUUCACACACCUGGAGCGAGAGGGCAUCUUCCUGGAAGACACCGCCUGUUUCUACCUGGCAGAGAUCACACUGGCCCUGGGCCACCUCCACUCUCAAGGCAUCAUCUACCGGGACCUCAAGCCUGAGAACAUCAUGCUUAAUAGCCAGGGCCAUAUCAAGUUGACUGACUUCGGACUCUGCAAGGAGUCCAUUCACGAGGGCGCCGUCACCCACACCUUCUGUGGCACCAUUGAGUACAUGGCCCCUGAGAUUCUGGUGCGCAGUGGCCACAACAGGGCAGUGGACUGGUGGAGCCUGGGAGCCCUGAUGUAUGACAUGCUCACUGGAUCGCCUCCCUUCACUGCAGAGAACCGGAAGAAAACCAUGGACAAGAUCAUCAAAGGGAAGCUGGCACUGCCCCCCUACCUCACCCCAGAUGCCCGUGACCUCAUCAAAAAGUUUCUGAAACGAAACCCCAGCCAACGGAUGGGGGGUGGCCCAGGGGAUGCCGCCGAUGUGCAGAGGCACCCCUUUUUCCGGCACGUUAAUUGGGACGACCUCCUGGCCCGUCGUGUGGACCCCCCGUUCAGGCCCUGUCUGCAGUCAGAGGAAGACGUGAGCCAGUUUGAUGCCCGCUUCACCCGGCAGACGCCAGUGGACAGUCCCGACGACACGGCCCUGAGUGAGAGCGCCAACCAGGCCUUCCUGGGCUUCACGUAUGUGGCGCCCUCCGUCCUGGACAGCAUCAAGGAGGGCUUCUCUUUCCAGCCCAAGCUGCGCUCCCCGAGGCGUCUCAACAGCAGCCCGCGGACCCCCAUCAGAGUGGCUGCGCCCCUGAAUCGUGGCUCGGAGGGCUGCAGGCUCCGGCUGCCAGUGGGGGUCCUGCGGCCCACUGUCCCCCGGUCAGGCCUGCCCUUGGAGAAUUAAAGGAUUGAAUCAUGGUGCUGACCUGGCUCUUCCCAAGGACCUGAGGUGGGCGUGGGGGGCUCGCGCCAGGAGCCGCUGCGCAGGGCUGGGCGGGGUCACCACAGGACAGCAAGACCACUAGCUGGAGGGUUUAUUUCCGAUGGCCGCCCGAUGGCUCCAGGGACAGGUGGGCUGGCUGGGGGCGGUGGGGCUGUCCAGGUGUGGGGAAGGAUCUAGUGGUAAAGUGACAGUCUGAGCACUCCAGGUGGGGGUGAUGGGCCCUGGGGUGCUUGUGUCAUGUCAUGGCCGCAAAGAGGCCCAGGCGGUGACAGGGGUGUGACCCCAGGUCUGGGGUCUGUGACCCCUAAAGUGCUGUGACAUGGAGUUCCUGGCCCCCCGCUACCCCCGCACUGUCGUCCCAGGCUGCGCUGCCGGCAAAUGCGUGCAGGUCGCUCAGCAGGGCCUCGGCACUGCCUCUCGAGCCCUCGGGCCCCUGCGCGCCAAGGCCCAGGCUCUCUUCAGCAGCCGCCUCGUGCGCUUCCUCAGCUGACUCUGUAAGCUCCACCCUCGGGCUGGGCCCGUCUUUGUACGGCUGCUCCUCCUCCCCGCCUUCGGCCUCCUUCAGGCCACCAUCCAGGUUGUAGUCUUCCAGGUCCUCAUCUUCCUGACAUUCGGGGUCCUGGUCUGGUGGGUCCAGCUCAGCCCGAGCCUGGAGCCACCGGCCUGGCGGGCUGGCCCAGAACAGGCGGCAGGUGCGGCCCCACAGUGCGGCGCCC